CGCCUGGGGGAGGGGCUGUCAGAACUUCCUGCCCAGAGCCCUUGUCUUGAUUCCAGCCACAACAAGGGGCUGGGAGAGACCAUGGACAGCGAGUUCUCCGACCCGGAGCUGGCCGCGGCGGGCGAGGAGUCCAAGUCGGAGAACGGCGAGAACGCGCCCGUGUACUGCAUCUGCCGCAAGCCGGACAUCAACUGCUUCAUGAUAGGCUGUGAUAACUGCAAUGAGUGGUUCCAUGGCAAUUGUAUUAACAUCACAGAGAAGAUGGCGAAGGCCAUUCGGGAAUGGUACUGUCUGCAGUGCCGAGAUAAGAACCCGAAUUUGGAGAUCCGAUACCGGCACAAGAAAUCCAGAGAGAAGGAGCGGGAGGGUGAGCGGGACCGGGCGGAGAAGGACGAGCUGAGGAAGAAGGCUCAGGAGCUGGCCCUGGACCAGAGCCGUGGGUCGAAAGUAGGAGGCCAGUUCUCUCAUCCGCAACAGCAAAUCAAGCGCUCGGCACGGAUGUGUGGGGAGUGCGAGGCGUGCCGGCGGACAGAGGACUGUGGCCAGUGUGACUUCUGCCGUGACAUGAAGAAAUUCGGAGGACCCAAUAAAAUCCGUCAGAAGUGCCGUCUGCGGCAGUGCCAGGUCCGGGCACGGGAAUCAUAUAAGUAUUUCCCAGCCUCGAUGCUGCGAGGGCGGGAUGAGGACCUGCAGAUGCUGAAAGAGCAGUUGGAAUCAUCCGCCACCCCUGAGCCGCUGUCAGACGACGACCUCCCGAUUGACCCCGACUUGUACCAAGAUUUCUGUGCUGGAGCCUUCGACGACCAGAACCUGCCGUGGCUCAGUGACCCAGAGGAUGCCCCGUUCCUGGACCCUGUGCUCCGCAAACGCGCCGUGAAGGUCAAGCAUGUCAAGAGGCGGGAGAAGAAAUCAGAGAAGAAGAAGGAGGAGAAGUACAAGCGUCACAAGCAGAAGCAGAAGCACCGGGACCGGUCGCGGCACGCCGAGCGGCCCGACGCCAAGGACCCGGCCUCCCUGCACCAGUGCCUGGGCCCCGGCUGCAUCCAGCCGGCCCGCGCCGCCUCCAAGUACUGCUCCGAGGAGUGCGGCAUGAAGCUGGCUGCCAACCGGAUCUACGAGAUCCUUCCGCAGCGCAUCCAGCAGUGGCAGCAGAGCCCGUGCGUGGCGGAGGAGCACGGCAAGAAGCUGCUGGAGCGGAUUCGGCGGGAGCAGCAGCAGGCGCGGCUGCGGCUGCAGGAGAUGGAGCGUCGCUUCCACGAGCUGGAGGCCAUCAUCGGCAAGGCCAAGCAGCAGGCCAUCAAGGAGGAUGAGGAGACCAACGAGGGAGACAGCGAUGACACCGACCUGCAGAUCUUCUGCGUCUCCUGCGGGCAUCCCAUCAACCCCAAGGUGGCGCUGCGCCACAUGGAACGUUGCUACGCCAAGUACGAGAGCCAGACGUCCUUCGGAUCCAUGUACCCAACCCGCAUAGAGGGAGCCACCCGCCUCUUCUGUGACGUCUACAACCCUCAGAGCAAGACCUACUGCAAGCGGCUGCAGGUGCUGUGUCCCGAGCACUCCCGCGACCCCAAGGUGUCGGUGGACGAGGUGUGCGGCUGCCCCCUGGUAAAGGACGUGUUCGAGCUCACUGGCGAUUUCUGCCGCGUGCCCAAGAGAAAAUGCAACCGGCACUACUGCUGGGAGAAACUGCGCCGGGCCGAGGUGGACCUGGAGAGAGUGCGCGUGUGGUACAAGCUGGACGAGCUCUUUGAGCAGGAGCGGAACGUGCGCAUGGCCAUGACCAACCGGGCUGGGCUGCUGGCGCUGAUGCUGCACCAGACCAUCCAGCACGACCCGCUGACCACAGACCUGCGCACCACCACUGACCGCUGAGCCCGGGUCGGCGCCAGGCUUCGUGGAGUCUCCGGAUCCUCGUUGGUUCUUUUUUUUUUAAUGAUUUUUAAAAAAAAAACUUUUUUUUUCUUUACAAAAAAACCCACAAAAA